CGCGCUGCUUGGCCCGCCGGAGCCCGGAGGGAAGAUGGCGGUGGAGUCGCGGGUCACGCAGGAGGAGAUUAAGAAGGAGCCUGAGAAGCCCAUCGACAGGGAGAAGACGUGCCCGCUGCUGCUGCGGGUCUUCACCACCAACAACGGGCGGCACCACCGCAUGGACGAGUUCUCCCGCGGCAACGUGCCCUCCAGCGAGCUGCAGAUCUACACCUGGAUGGAUGCAACUUUAAAAGAGCUGACCAGUUUAGUGAAAGAGGUCUACCCAGAAGCACGGAAGAAGGGCACACACUUCAAUUUUGCAAUAGUUUUUACAGAACUCAAGAGACCCGGUUAUAGGGUGAAGGAGAUUGGCAGCACAAUGUCAGGCAGAAAGGGCACAGAUGAUUCCAUGACUCUGCAGUCUCAGAAGUUCCAGAUUGGAGACUACUUGGAUAUAGCAAUUACUCCUCCAAAUCGUGCACCGCCCCCAUCAGGACGCAUGAGACCAUACUAAGUGACAAAGUGUUACUUUGUUUAAAACUGAUCACGUAUAUUUCCCUUUGAUAGUACUUGCUGCUUGAAACAGGCUCUUUUUUGUUUUUAUUGCUAAGCAAGAACAUCUGAGAACACACUUAAGCCUUGGAAACACUUUUAAAUCUUUAUUUUACUCUGUUUAGAAGAAAAUAUCUUUCAGCAGCUUCAUAAUCCUUUUCAUAGUAGUUAUGGUUUGAAAAGUAGGAAUGUUCAGUGUUUCACAAUCUCUAAAAUAUGAGCAGCAUAACAUAGAAGUGUUCUUUUUGUUCUGUUAGAAAGUGUCAUGUUUGGAACAAAUAUAUUGCUAUGUCAUCCAAAAUUUAGUGUCUGUUUUUAAAGAUUAAAUCAGGUCUGCGUAAUAAGUGCUUAAUUAAACCGUUAAUGUCAGGAGUUGUUUCAAUAAAUUGUGGCCUCUAAAAUGAGGAGUGAAGCUUUCCUGGAA